AUUUAAAAUAAUGUUCGUUUUUUGCAUGAUUGCUUUAAUUGCUUCUGAAGAAACUUUAGUGGAUGAAGACAAGCAGAAUUAUGAAAAAGUAGUAUAAGAAAAUAAUAAUAAGUAGGUUUCAACAAAACAGGAAUAAGAAGGUAGAUCUGGAAGCACAUUAGUUAAAAGUCAAGAAAACUAAACUAGUAGAGGAGGCGUUUAAACGGUAGACAGUUAAUCAGAAAGAAAAGUAAAGAGAGAGGAUGGAGCUUCUGAAAGAAAAUCUGUUGUUAAGAGAGAAGAAGGAACUGAUGAAGAUACAUCUGAAAGAAAGUCAGCCGUUAAGAGAGAGGAUGGAGCUUCUGAAAGAAAAUCUGUUGUUAAGAGAGAAGAAGGAGCUGAUGAAGGUACAUCUGAAAGAAAGUCAGCUGUUAAGAGAGAAGAAGGAACUGAUGAAGAUACAUCUGAAAGAAAAUCAGCUGUUAAGAGAGAGGAUGGAGCUUCUGAAAGAAAAUCUGUUGUUAAGAGAGAAGAAGGAACUGAUGAAGAAACAUCUGAAAGAAAAUCAGCUGUUAAGAGAGAGGAUGGAGCUUCUGAAAGAAAAUCUGUUGUUAAGAGAGAAGAAGGAACUGAUGAAGAAACAUCUGAAAGAAAAUCAGCUGUUAAGAGAGAGGAUGGAGCUUCUGAAAGAAAAUCUGUUGUUAAGAGAGAAGAAGGAACUGAUGAAGAAACAUCUGAAAGAAAAUCAGCUGUUAAGAGAGAGGAUGGAGCUUCUGAAAGAAAAUCUGUUGUUAAGAGAGAAGAAGGAACUGAUGAAGAAACAUCUGAAAGAAAAUCAGCUGUUAAGAGAGAGGAUGGAGCUUCUGAAAGAAAAUCUGUUGUUAAGAGAGAAGAAGGAACUGAUGAAGAAACAUCUGAAAGAAAAUCAGCUGUUAAGAGAGAGGAUGGAGCUUCUGAAAGAAAAUCUGUUGUUAAGAGAGAAGAAGGAACUGAUGAAGAAACAUCUGAAAGAAAAUCAGCUGUUAAGAGAGAAGAAGGAACUGAUGAAGAAACAUCUGAAAGAAAGUCAGCUGUUAAGAGAGAGGAUGGAGCUUCUGAAAGAAAAUCUGUUGUUAAGAGAGAAGAAGGAACUGAUGAAGAAACAUCUGAAAGAAAAUCAGCUGUUAAGAGAGAGGAUGGAGCUUCUGAAAGAAAAUCUGUUGUUAAGAGAGAAGAAGGAACUGAUGAAGAAACAUCUGAAAGAAAGUCAGCUGUUAAGAGAGAGGAUGGAGCUUCUGAAAGAAAAUCUGUUGUUAAGAGAGAAGAAGGAACUGAUGAAGAAACAUCUGAAAGAAAAUCAGCUGUUAAGAGAGAGGAUGGAGCUUCUGAAAGAAAAUCUGUUGUUAAGAGAGAAGAAGGAACUGAUGAAGAAACAUCUGAAAGAAAGUCAGCUGUUAAGAGAGAGGAUGGAGCUUCUGAAAGAAAAUCUGUUGUUAAGAGAGAAGAAGGAACUGAUGAAGAAACAUCUGAAAGAAAAUCAGCUGUUAAGAGAGAAGAAGGAACUGAUGAAGAAACAUCUGAAAGAAAGUCAGCUGUUAAGAGAGAGGAUGGAGCUUCUGAAAGAAAAUCUGUUGUUAAGAGAGAAGAAGGAACUGAUGAAGAAACAUCUGAAAGAAAAUCAGCUGUUAAGAGAGAGGAUGGAGCUUCUGAAAGAAAAUCUGUUGUUAAGAGAGAAGAAGGAACUGAUGAAGAAACAUCUGAAAGAAAAUCAGCUGUUAAGAGAGAAGAAGGAACUGAUGAAGAAACAUCUGAAAGAAAGUCAGCUGUUAAGAGAGAGGAUGGAGCUUCUGAAAGAAAAUCUGUUGUUAAGAGAGAAGAAGGAGCUGAUGAAGAAACAUCUGAAAGAAAAUCAGCUGUUAAGAGAGAAGAUGGAGCUUCUGAAAGAAAAUCUGUUGUUAAGAGAGAAGAAGGAACUGAUGAAGAAACAUCUGAAAGAAAAUCAGCUGUUAAGAGAGAGGAUGGAGCUUCUGAAAGAAAAUCUGUUGUUAAGAGAGAAGAAGGAGCUGAUGAAGAAACAUCUGAAAGAAAGUCAGCUGUUAAGAGAGAAGAAGGAACUGAUGAAGAAACAUCUGAAAGAAAGUCAGCUGUUAAGAGAGAAGAAGGAACUGAUGAAGGUACAUCUGAAAGAAAGUCAGCUGUUAAGAGAGAAGAAGGAACUGAUGAAGGUACAUCUGAAAGAAAGUCAGCUGUUAAGAGAGAGGAUGGAGUUUCUGAAAGAAAAUCUGUUGUUAAGAGAGAAGAAGGAACUGAUGAAGAAACAUCUGAAAGAAAGUCAGCUGUUAAGAGAGAAGAAGGAACUGAUGAAGGUGCAUCUGAUAGAAAAUCAACUGUUAAGAGAGAAGAAGGAACUGAUGAAGGUAAAGCUGAAGCUAGUAUCUAAUAAGCCAAUUUACAAACAACAGAAGAAUCAAAUUAAUCUAAUAGACAAAAUUUAGAAUUGGAAGUCAUUAGUGAACAAGAAAUCAUGAAAAAUUAGGACAAUUAUGGAAUGUAAUUGAUAUCUUUAUCAAUGAUAGUCAUAUUUGUUUAAUGAUUUGUUAUGUUUAACGAAUGCCUAUAAAAUUUUUUUUUAUUUGA